UUACGUUACGUUGGCGUCACGGCUAAUAAGCACAUAACAGGUUUUGUCGAUGGAAUAGUUUAAGUUUAGUAAACGUGAAUGAAGUUUUGAUAUAAAGCAUUUAAAUUGGAUUACAAAGUGCAACAAAACAUAUUUCGUAGCAAUCACAGAACAAUGAUAUAGAAGAGUUCGUGCAUUCGGAUAACAGGAACAAUAUAUACGGUGAAGUCGUGCCUUUACUGUGACGCGAAACAUGACAACGCCCUACACAUUUCAAAACAAUGAAAUACUACUAAAAACAACGCAUUCCUUCUAAUUUUUGGGGCGUUAAUUUUUGAAAUCCGUUUAGCUGGACGUUUAAGUGAAAGUCAUUAAGGAAUUUCGAAAAUGGCUUCUUGGAGAUUAAGAUUCCAUGAUAAGUGGCCCCGCCUUGCGUCCCUAUACGCAAGCACACAUCAGCUGGAUGAAGAGGGUAAGCACCCUGACCCCAUCAUGGGCCAGGACAAUGUGUUUGAUCCCCAUGAGCCGUACGGGGCCUACAAGUACUACAUACAGCCUUCAGUCAGGUCCGAGUUCAGUAUUGAGGAGCCGCCUUAUCAGAACAGGCCCGUGUAUAAGGACGAGGAAUCGAGGAGUUCCGACUAUGCAUCAGGGAAUAGUUUCCGGCGUGGCGCCACCUGUCGAGUGCUCCUCUGUGUGUUUCUUAUCUUCUCCUUUAUCGCUGUGGUCGUGGCGGCCAUUACUCUGGCUGUCCUCAUGUCCAGGACUCCAACAGCAUCCUCCAUAAGAAUGGCCCCUCUUGAAACGUUCGAGUCAAUCGCCAAGUUUCACAAGUACGAAUAUACAGAAGGACUACUUGACAAUAGUAGCAAAGAGUUCAAAGACAUGGAAAAAACGUUUUGUCAGUCGAUCAGAGAGAUUUUCACAAACGACGAUUCACCAGUUAAGCACGAGUUUUCGGAAUGUCAAGUGCUCGAGUUCAUAAACGGAAGCAUAAUAGCGAGGUUCAGGAUACGACUGCAACCGAAAAGCAUGGACAGAUUUAAAGGAGAAGACAAAAUAGACAAGCAACUUGAGGAUUAUUUUGAAACAAAAAUAAAGGAACGAGGGACUUGGCAGAGAGUACAGUUUAAUCCCGAUUUCGCCAAAGAGUUUGUUAAAAUAGAAACAACAACCCCUGCCCCUGCAACAACCACAUCCCAACCAACAACGCCAGCUCCUGUAAUCACUACUACCAACAAAACUUCAAAUGUUACCGCAACUACGGCUGUCGCUCAAAAUGUGACCGAAACUGUAUUUACAAACAUUACCAGUACAGAGUCAGUUUUCGAAAAUGUCACGGCUGUAAAUGUCACAUAUCCUGUUACUAAUGCAAUUAGCACGAAGACUGUUACAGUCCCGUCUCUUCCGACGAAAACAGAGAAAACUAAACCAAUUGUCCAAACUACAGAAGUAACAGAUACAAUGGCAUCUUCAAUCACCCCUGAAAAGACACAUGUGCAAUCGACAAAAAGCUUUAUGAUUGAAAAAGAGACAGGUCCGGUUGAAACUUCAACAUCUGGGGAAAUAACUACAAAACCUUUUGUAAAAAGUACAAGUACAGUUAUACUACAAACGACAGAAGUACCAAGUAUUGAAUUUACAACAUCAGAUACUGUAAAGCAUUUCACAACAGCUCCAAAUAUUAUGUCGUCUCAAACACCAGUCGCUGAUACCACUGAAGCAAAACCGAACGUAACAACAAUUAAUGUCACUGUACCAACGAAAACAGAGAAAACAAAAUCUAUUUCCCACACUACAGAAAAAACAGAUACUAUAUCAUCUUUAAUUACUACUGAAAAAACACAUGUGCAAUCGACUGAAGGCUAUUUUAUUGAAGACAAGACAGGUCCAGCUGAAACUUCAACAUCUGGGGAAAUAACUACAAAACUCUUCUUGAAAAGUUCAAGUACAGCUACACUUAAAACGACAGAAAUACCAAGUACUGAAUUAUUUGAAUUUACAACAUCAGAUACUGCAACACCUUUUACAACAGAUGCAAAGGUUAUGUCGUCUGAUACACCAGUCGCCGUUACCACUGAAGCAAAACCGAAUGUAACAACAAUUGAUGAAUUUACUGAACAGACAUCGGAAUUAGAUUGGCAACAAUUGUUAGCCACUACAGAAGUUUUACCAGAGGAAACAACAUCAAAAACAUUGGACACACAGACAGAGGUCAUCGUUUCGGAACAAGAUGUAACAGGCUCAAUUGAAAACCUAACUGAAGCUCCCAUGACGGAUGCUACCACACAGGAAAUGUUUACAACACAGUCUGUUGGUACCGACUUCAUGGACAAAAAAACACAGAAGACUGAUAUGACAACACAGAAAUUUGAUACAAAGAUGUCAAACGUUACUCAAGCGGAAAGAACCACUGUCGUAGGAACAAAAGAAAGCACCACUACUGAAAAGCUUGAUAUUUCAUCAGAUAAACUUAUUGAACCGAUGGUAGAGACCACACCUGUAUCGUUCGAAAAAACAACUGAAAUCACACAGGAUGUUGAAUCCACCAUACACGCGUUAUAUCCAACCACUAAAGCGGAUGCUCAAAUACCAACAGAAAGAGUCAAAGCAUCAACAGCAGCGAACGUUGAAAUGACAACAACGAUAAUUGAAGGGUCAACACUUAAUGAUAUCACAAGAAUAAGAGACGGCACGUCAGAUGCUGACACUGAAAUAUCUACGACGAUAAUCAGUGCAUCAAAACUUGAGGAAACCUUUACAGCAGUACCUACAGAAAUAGCAAAAGAUGAUAUGACAAAAACAACAGAUGUAGCUUCAGUGACUGAUAUAACUGAGGCACCUAUAGAACUAUCAACGUCCCCGAAAUUCGAAAGGAGAAUAUCAACUAAACAUCCGGAGGUAAAAACAGACAGCAUUCUAUUUGAGAAAAAAGAAGUUACGGAAUCUACUCCCACGGAUUUGAUUAAUCAAAGUACUGACAGUCCCCCUAAAGCUGUAACUGAACCUGUCCCUGAACUCAUAAGGACAUCUGUGCCAGAAACAACAAGCAAAUCCAUAAAAUCUUCAAUAACCACAACAGGAGAAACACCUGUAAUAACAACAGAAAUUGGAAUCGACUAUUAUUCAUAUUACAAUGAUACAUUUCUUCUCGAAACCACCACCUUAACUGAGGCAACAUUUGAAGAAACAAACGAGUCCGUCUCUACUGACCGACAAACAACACCAACCAUCACUGCUGCUCCAGAAUUAACAACAAAUUUACCAAAUGAAUUUGAGACAACCCCUUUUGCUGAAAUCGCUGCGGCUAAAACAGAAAGCGACACAACAUCAACGGUUCUAUCAACGGCCGCACCAACACAAACUGAAUCUUUCCUUAAGUCAGACAAGAGACAGAACAUAACUACUCAAGGCCAAACGAAGCCGAUAUCUUUAAGCGAUUUGACAACUGUUUCUGAUAUGACGGACUCUGUAUCUGAUACAACUAAUUUUAAAUAUACAACUGGGUCUUUUUCUACUCUUGAAAUACCAACAUCUUUAGUGCAUGAUACAGGUGACGCAACUUCAUUUUCAGAAAAUAUUACGGUAAAAAUGAAAACAGGAACCUUUUCGUUAGAAAGCAGUACACUAUUAUCCCCUUCGUCAGAAGUUAUUUCAAGAAAAACGCCGAUUUCGCCUCCUUCUUUUCCAUCUGAAUUUACAACAGAAAUUAUAAUAGAGUCGACUGAGAUUUUAAAUCAAACCACUACUAGUACACCUUCUAGUAAAAUAACUGAUAAAUUAAUAAAUCUUAAUGCAGAAGGUGCAAUAAACAUUACUUCUCAAAAAACGACAGACACUGAAGAACACCAGACUACACAACUGCAAACAACAGCUCCUACAACUUCUACAAAAAAUGAAUUCGUAAGUGAGUUAUCUGACAGUUUUACUACCAGCAUUGAUCGGACGCAAACGACGGAAUCACCUACCAAGGUCGAAACCACUGUCAUGACGGAGGUGCAUACCGAAGCAAAGUCGAACUUAUUAGAAGAGACAACUCCAAAAUUUGAGUCGGCGACAAGCAUAACAAGACUGGUAACGACUGCUGGAUCUUCAAAAACAACACAACACGAAACUCAAUUUACAUCCAGCAGUGCAACCUCUAGAAUUAAAGAUUUUUCAAAAUCUGAUUUUCAAACUGAAGACUUUACAACACAAACAAGCAAUUUAGAAGUGUCACCAACAGAUGAAACAAGUUCUAAGUUUAAAGAAACGCCCUUAAACGAUUUGACAUCGACGGAAGUUCCAGAAUCCACUGCAAUUGAAACCAAUCCGACUUCUGAAGCAUUUAGUCAAACAUCGCAGAUACAAAUUCUUUCAACGACAGUUUCAAGUAAAAAAACUAGUGGUACUCCAGUUGUGGACCAAACUUCAAUUGAUAUUGUUGGCACGACACAACAAACGCAUGCAAAUCAAACAGUUUCGACAAAAGGUUCAAGCAAGGAAAGAAGAGGUACAACACCUGAAUUAACAACAACUGAAGUUUUCGGAGGCACGGAUUCCUUUAAUGAUUUCGAAUAUUCAACGGAACAAGACCACCUCAUGACAACGGUUAAAACAGUUACUACUGCAGAAAUGAUCUCCACUGUGGUGCAAGAACAAACUGAAAGUGCAGGAAGAAGUACCUCAACAAAAAAAGAUCGUCUUGUUACUUCGACUGAGACUAAAAUGACGACACCUCAAAAGAUAGCCCAUGAUCUAACAACAAUCGGACGUACCACCGGAACACCGGAAACAGUCACAAAGACAGAAGCUUUUCCAACUGUCACCAUAACUAACGAACAAGUGUCUACGGUGCCAUCAGAACCAGUAGCAUCGAAUGUUAUUGAAUCGGAAGGGACAAGUGACGGGUCGAAGUCAAUAACUGAAUCAAUUCUGAUUUCGACAGUUCAGCCGGAUGUAGAAACUGUAUCAAAAAUAUCUGAGUUUGCGGCAACGACACUUCAUUCCGAAAUGACAGUACGAAAAUCAACUAGCAAACAAGUUGAAAUAAUUUCAUCCAAAGAUGUCGUAACUGCGAACGAAGAAAACGUUACGUCCACGGCAGUAACUGAUUUGACGACACCUCAAAUUGUGGCUGUUGACUUAAUAACAGUUGGAAAAGAUAUUGGAACAAUCGAAAUCGGCAUGGAAACCACACGAUCAAUUUCAACUGAAAUAGUAUCUACGGAGACAGUGUCUCAGGUGCCAUCAGAGACAAAAACACCAUUUGGUUUUGAAACAAAAGGGACAAGUGAUGGGGGGAAGCAGAUGACUGAAGCAGUGCAAACACCAAAUGGAACGACACUUGUACCUGAAACAGCGGAACAAAUAACAGCGAGUAUACCAUCUGAAUCAGUUACAUCAGAGGACGUCGAUCCAAUGUCCUUGACUAAAAGCGAAAUGACAACACCUCAAGAUAGAGCUGUAAACUUAACAACAGCUGUAGAAGGCACCGGAGAAGCAGAAACCGUCACAGACACAACACAAGCCCUUCCAAUAGAAACUCAACCUACGAGUAAAGUGUCAUCAGAAACAGAAGCGCCUACUGUUGUUGGGACUAGUGUAGAAAGGACGAGAAAAACUAAAACAAUUCAGACUUCAACAUUCCAACCACAAACCACAGGUGUUUCAGGUACACUUGAUUUGAUUGAAACGACACUUCUACCUGAAACAGCGGAACAAAUAACAGGGGGUCUACCAUCUGAAUCAGUGACAUCAGAGGACGUCGAUCCAAUGUCCUUGACUAAAAGCAAAAUGACAACACCUCAAGAUAGAGCUUUUAACUUAACAACAGCUGUAGAAGGCACCAGAGAAGCAGAAACCGUCACAGACACAACACAAGCCCUUCCAAUUGAAACUCAAUCUACGAGUAAAGUGUUAUCAGAGACAGAAGCGCUUACUGUUGUUGGGACUAGCGUUGAAGCGACGAAAAAAUCUAAAACUAUUCAGACUACAACAUUACAACCAGAAACAGCAAGUGUUUCAGGAACAUUCGAUUCGUUUGAAACGACGCUUCAACCUGAAACCCAAGGACAAUUAACAACUAGUAAACAAUCUGGAUCAGUAACAUUAAAGGCGGUUAACACUACUUCAGGAUCAGAUAAAGUAAUUGAUUUAACAAGUCGAGAUAUCAUAACAACAGUAGUUCCUCAGGAAACCACUGAAAACUUGGUGGUAGAUAUUACAACAUUUAGAAUUAAAGAUGGUACGGACAUACAUAAACAAGAUCUCACAACACCUUCUUUUGUUGACUCAACUCAAACAUCUAAACUACAUAGUAAUACACAGAUGCAAGAGGAAAUUACAAAACAAGUUGAAUUAAACAAAAACAACACCUUGUCCGACUUAACAACUGCCGCCCCAAUGGACGUAUCAAGUUUUUUGGACUAUUUUUAUGAGACUACGGAAGCUCCAUUAAUUGUACAGACAUCGGUUUCUCCAGAUUCAACAAGAGUAAAGAUUAACCGUCAAACAACAACCGACACUGUUUCAGUUUCAAAUAUAACUGCAUUCAACGAAACCAUAAUGUCAGAGGAGACAGGUUAUAACGAUACAGUGGUGCCUGAGAAUAUAACGGAAUUAAUACCAACCGAAACAACAAUGGCCCCUGGUAGUGUAAACAUACAGGAAACUACAUUAGCAAAAAUGAUACAAACAACCGCAACGAAGGAAGAAACACAGACGACCUCUUUAAAUAUUUUAGAAUCCAAUGUUGCUCUGACGUUGUCCGGAACAACACAAACACCCACGUCUAAAACUACUGAUUAUGAGUACUACUAUGAGACUACGGAUAUACCUGCUGAUUUUAAUCUGACAUCGCCAGAGAAUUAUACCAUGGAAAACUUGACAACUCAAACGCCUGUGUUCGAUGCCACUACAAAUGAUUACAAAAACGUUACCAAAGCGGUACACGUUUCUGAAGACAUUACGCCGAUAAAACCAGAAAGUUCACACAGAGAGGGAAUUUCCAAAUCAAGCAUGUUGCAUAAUACAAUCGAACACACAAAUACGACAGUAACUGCUGAUAUGCAAAAUGUUAAACGGGUUACACUUAGUGCUUCAAAUGUGACAACAGAAGCCCCCUUUUUAGACGCCAUUACAUCUGUACUUUAUCCUGACUACCCUGACUACUCAACGAGCGCUCCUGAUGCUGUUCCUGAUGUUGUGCCAUAAUUGUUCUAGAUCUAGCGGUCUAUUUGCAAAGGUGUAAAUAAUGUACACAUAUUAACAUAAACAUUCAGUUUCGUUAUUGACUUCAAUACAUUAUAGUACGAGUACUAAUAAUAUGCUAAUAAGAAACGAUCGCGGAAGUUGUAGUUUGUUGCGGAUAACGCUGUGCGAUUAUAUUGUUGUAUAAACAUUACAAAGUGCAAGAUACAAAUUUAUAAUGUACCACGUCCGGUAAUUCAGACAGUAGCUAAUAACAUGUUACAUCACUGUAUAUCCUUGUAUAGCACGUUUCUUCCGGCGUCAGUGAAUAUAUACAUUGAAUACCACGGCUGUUAUGUAUCGAGUAUAUUGAAUACCACGGCUGUUAUGUAUCGAGUAUAUUGAAUACCACGGCUGUUAUGUAUCGAGAAAAUUUGUAAGAUCCCUUUUUUUAAUUUUGAAAUCAAUUGGCUUUUUUACUCAAAUCGUUUCAAAAGCACUACAAUAUUGAUAUAUUCUAUAAUCCUAUUCAUGUGACGUUUUGGGAUGUCUCCUCAAGUUACAAUUGUCACAAUUAUUUGCAUUGUGUUAGUUUGAAUUAUAUGUCACGAGUGACGAUUAUUGAUAUGAGGGUUCUAGCUUCUAUGCUUUAUUAUUAUCAUUAUUAUUAGGGAAAUGUGAAGUAUGGACUAUUGAUGUUAUUUGCUUGUUUCAGUGUGAAAGCGAAAUAAAUUUCAAUGAGUUAGCACUAAAAGCUAGAUUUCAAGAGUAGCGCAUUACGAGUGUAAUAUUUGCUUCUAGUGCUAUUAGCGAGGCUAAUUAUCUCGCUCUUACAUUAAAAUAAUAGUUUUAUCUUACUACAAAGUGUAAAGAAUGACAGUUGAUAGUAGUUUUUAAAACAGGCGCGCCAAAUUGUAUGCAAACUUAAUAUCAAUUCGGAAAUGACGUCAUUGAAAAUGUGUUCCAACCCUGUGCGUGCUGACGUUGAUUUGGACGUGAGAGAUAGUGUUGAAAACAGUAAAAUAUACUUCUUUUCACUAAUAAAUAUUUAUUAACCACCAUGAAGCAUAAGAUAAUAGUUUCUGUUAUUUCAAUAUGUAUAUUUCCUGCUAAAAUGACAUUUGCAGGGGCGUAGCUAGCCCUUUAUUCAUUUGGAUAAAUAAUUGUGCUGGGGAAGCGGGGGGGGGGGGUAAGAGGCAUCCCCCCCCCCCGCUCGGAAAAUUUUAAAGACCAUGAUGCAAUCUGGUGUAUUCAUGGCGUUCUGCUUUAUUCAGUACUGGAAAAUGGACAGUUUAAAGUAGUCAAGUACGCGCACUGCAACUUUUGUUGAUUUAUUUUUGUCAGAAUCGUGGAUUCAGCCACGUACUCGCGUAUAGGCAGCUACGCGCCUGAUUUGAACUAAAGGAGGCUGUUAUUGCUUUGGUAUGCUUUUGAUGAAAAUAAGUUGACGUCGGUCAUUGAAUCUGCUUUAUAUGCAAUUGAUUCAAGUUAUUUUUUUGAGUUAUUGUAGAUAUUCAGAGUGCAUAUACACAUUUAUAUCUUUAUACAUUGAAAAGUAUAUGUUGUAUUUUGACACAGUGUAUUUAUAAACUAUAUUUAAUUUUAUUUCAUAUGCUAUAAUUGUUUUCUUAUAUACAUAUUUAACAAUGUCACGUUUGUUUGUGUAAGCAAUUAGAAACCGGUUAAUCAUGUGAUUCUGUUUUAUGUUUUAAUACAAUGUAUGUGUUGUCUCUCAGUCAUAAUAAAUUUUAUCAGCAAAAAAAAAUCUUUGAAAUAAAUUUGUAAACAACU